CAUUCAUUCUAGAUAGAAGAUACCUACGGGCUACAAUGUCUAAGUUUAUAUCCAUACUUUGUGUUGUCGCCUUACUGCUAAUAGCAGAAACUUAUUGUUUAACAAGUGGUGUUCGCAUCAUACAACCCACUUAUAGGCCUCCACCCAGGAGACCUGUUAUUUACAGAGCUGCACGCGACGCUGGAGAUGAACCCUUGUGGCUGUACCAAGGAGACGACCACCCUCGAGCCCCUUCAAGCGGCGACCAUCCUGUACUGCCCUCGAUCAUAGACGAUGUGAAGCUGGACCCCAACAGGCGGUAUGCGCGUAGUGUAAGCGAGCCUUCGUCACAGGAGCAUCAUGACCGCUUUGCGAGGAGCUUCGACUCCCGCAGCAGCAAGCAUCACGGCGGCAGUCACUCCACGUCCGGCGGCAGCCGCGACACUGGAGCUACUCACCCGGGAUACAAUCGUCGUAACUCAUAAUUUCUCUUCAGUUUCUAAAUAUUUUUGUUUCUGCUACUAAUUUUUUCUCAUCAAUAUUCUUUUUUGCUUUCAAAUCUUUCAUUUUAUGAUAAUAAUAUGUAUACUGAUCAUUAUAUUGAAAUAAAUGAUUAAAUUGACU